AUGUUCACCAAGCAGACUCUCCUCGCGUUUGUGGGCGCACUGGCCCUCGGUGCGGCCAAGACCAUCACCGAGAAGAACCCAACUCAAGCAGAGAUCGAUGCUGCCCGGGCUACUGUCCUGCCUUACUCGCCGGUCUCGAAUGUGAAGGGUCUGGCUUUCGACCGCUUCGUAGACAUCUGGCUCGAGAACCAGGACUUUGAUGUUGUCGCUGCGGACGAGAACAUGGCUAAGUUGGCCAAGGAAGGAAUCCUCCUGACAAACUACUUUGCCGUGACACAUCCCUCGGAGCCCAACUACUGUGCUUCCGCUGCCGGUGACAACUUUGGCAUGGAUAAUGACGACUUCCACCAGAUCCCUGCCAAUGUCUCCACCAUUGCGGAUCUCUUCGACACCAAGCACAUUGCCUGGGGCGAGUACCAGGAGGAUAUGCCCCAUGCCGGCUACCAGGGUUACCGGUACCCUCUCAGCGGCCCGAACCAGUAUGUGCGCAAGCACAACCCACUGAUUCUGUUCGACUCCGUCACCAACGACGCCGUCCGUCCGCGCCAGAUCAAGAACUUCACUUCCUUCUACGAUGAUCUUGAGCACCACCGUCUUCCCCAGCACAUGUUCAUCACCCCCAACAUGACCAACGACGCCCACGACACCAACAUCACCGUUGCGGGCGAGUGGUCUGCCAAGUUCCUCUCCCCCCUGCUCCAGAACGAGUACUUCACCAAGGAUACCCUUGUUCUCUUGACCUUCGAUGAAGUCGACACCUACCCUAACCCCAACCGCGUCUACAGUAUCCUACUUGGUGGAGCAGUCCCCGAGCACUUGAAGGGUACCACCGACGACACUUUCUACACCCACUACUCCAUCAUCGCAUCUCUCUCCGCAAACUGGGGCCUGCCCUCCCUCGGCCGCUGGGACUGCGGUGCCAACCUGCUGAAGCAGGUCGCCGAGAAGACUGGCUACGUCAACUGGGAAGUUGACACCACCAACGCCUACCUUAACGAAACAUACCCCGGUCCUCUGUCCGACUCCGACUACUCCGAGUACUCCUCCAAGUGGGCUGUUCCUGCCACCAAGGGCAAGUGCUCUGCUGGCCACGGCAUCGCGGAGGUCGUGAAGAAGACCUACCACGGCCUUGAGCCUACUUAUGAUUACGAGAGCCCUGUCCCCUAUGACUCCACCAGUGGAAUCAACCUUGGUAUCAAGUACCACCGCAAGCAGAAGCACGGAAGAGAGGAGCAUGGCAUCACCCAGUAG